AAAUAUUAACAUACUGUACUAUUAUUUUUUAGUUUAUAAACAAAAUUAGUAAAGAGCUUUCUAGCAUUACAAGUUAACGAUGCCGUCCAAGAAUGAGCCAAUGUACACUUCUCAACAAAUCAACAUUCCACCAGAACUGCCUGAUAUUUUAAAGCAGUUUACGAAAGCUGCUAUCCGAACUCAACCCACAGAUGUUUUACAGUGGGCAGCUGCCUAUUUUGAUGCUUUGUCAAAAGGUGAGAAACCACCGAUUAAGGAUAGACUGGACUUUCAACUUGGGCAAGUCCACGAUAAAGCAUUAUCAAAGGAAGCCGUUGCUGUCCUUCAUCGUCAGGUAGGAGAUAAACCUAUUGUUGAAUUUUCAAAGGUCGAAGAGAAGUGGCACGCCUUAUGUUUGUCUAAAGAAGUGAUUAACGACAUUAUGCGUUUGGGCAGUUUUGGUGAGGAGUUUGAAUGGUUGAAAUUUUUGGCAUUGUGUUGCAGUAACAUCAGUGAAAACAUCACAACGGCUCUGCAAGCGGUUUGUGAUAUAAUCACCAAAGACCUGGAAGGUGGUAGAUCAAGAAUCGAAUUUGAAACCUUUCGAUAUUUAUACAAGUACUUGGCAGUUAUCGAUGGUGAUAUUUCCCUAGAUCAUGUGAACGAAGUGUUAGAUCAUCUUUCACAUGAUGUUGAACGUCAAAGCGGCAUGAUUGGACCACAAAACUUCAUGAAUGAUAAGUGUCCUGCUCUUUAUGUGGAGUAACUUUGUGAAGAAUGCUAGAACAAACAUUGCAUUCUGGUUCAUGUUAAUGUUAUUUGAUUUUGAUUGCAAAGUUUUUAUUUGUAUAGAAGCCCCUACUCCUGUACCAUUCUACACUUUAUUUAUAGUUACAGAUAAUAUGUAUAUUAUAUACCUGGCGAAUCUAAAGAUUUUACUACUUUUUGUUUUUACAAAUCCAGUUUUUAGUGUUCCCACUUACGUGUAGUCCAAAUUUUCUGUCCUUUCAAAGUAGGCUGUAACAGUAAAGGUACAUUUUGUUUAUAUUAAAUUAAAAAUGACUAAUAUAUAAUAUAUUAUGUAUGUAUAUAUAGAAAACUAUUUGAUGAUGUAAUUAUUGUGUUUAGCAUGUUUGAUAUUACGUAAUUAUCAAUGUGUAAAAGUAAUAUAUGUCUAAAGGGGAUUUAUUAAACCUUAUUGAGAAAUAGAUAGACCCAUGCUCUCCUUUUC